AUGAAAGUUUUAAAUGGUGAGAUUAAGUCCAAUCAACUGAAUUUGAAUAAUAAUUUCUCCUUACCGUCGCAAAGUGAAGGGAAUUUCCCCAAUUCAAAACGUUCUGAACGUACAAUUGAGUUGAAUGAAAUGAAUGGAAAGAUGAUUGGAAAGAAACCCCUGUCUCGCCACUUCCGUCUGUUGAUUCUCACACAGUCUGAGGAACAAAUGAAUAUCCAUCUUGAAUGCUUCAUCCAUGAAGUAGAUUGUCAAGCCAAGUAUCGGAUGUAG